GAACACGUGGUUGUCGUCGUCGUCUUCAGAGUCUUCGUCUUUUCUCUCGCGAGCGGUGCUUGAGCUCUGAUUCCAAUGGCGGAGAUGGCGGAAGGGCGAACUCGUGAGGAGUGGGUGUACCUCGCUAAGCUAGCAGAGCAAGCGGAGCGCUACGAGGAGAUGGCGGGGUUCAUGAAGAGUCUCGUCCGAUGCUGCUCACCGGGCGAAGAGCUCACGGUGGAGGAGCGGAACCUCUUCUCCGUCGCUUAUAAGAACAUGGUAGGAUCUCGCCGAGCGGCGUGGAGGAUCGUCUCAUCGAUCGAGCAGAAGGAGGAAUCGCGCCGGAAUGAGGAUCACGUCGCGCUUGUGCGCUCGUACCGUGGUCGGAUCGAGAGUGAGCUGAGCUCGGUUUGUGGAGAGAUUCUAGGGCUUCUUGAUUCAAACCUUGUGCCCUCAGUGGAGUCGAGUGAGAGCAAGGUUUUCUAUUUGAAGAUGAAGGGGGAUUAUCAUCGAUAUGUUGCGGAGUUUAAGAUUGGGGAUGAGAGGAAGAAGGCGGCCGAUGAGACCAUGGCUGCGUACAAGGAAGCACAGGGUAUUGCACUUGUGGAUCUUCCACCAACACAGCCUAUUAGGCUGGGCCUGGCACUAAAUUUCUCCGUCUUUUAUUAUGAGAUCCUGAAUUCAUCCGAGAAGGCUUGUAGCAUGGCAAAACAGGCAUUCGAGGAUGCGAUUGCUGAACUUGACUCACUGGGUGAAGAGUCUUACAAGGAUAGCACACUCAUAAUGCAACUUCUGCGCGAUAAUCUCACCCUUUGGUCUUCUGAUGCACAGGAACAAAUAGAUGAAGUAUAAGAGCUGGGGCAUGAUGUUACUCUUUAGUUUUAUGUAAAUUUAUGGUUAGAUUAAAUUUACUUUUUUUUUUUUAAUAAAGAAAAGAAAGAAAGCAUCUUUAAAUAAAUUAUGUGAAUGCUGUGUCUGUUGAGACAAUGUGAAGUUUAUAGACUUGUUAGUGUUUUUCAAAUCCUUGAUAUGCUUUUC